AUGCAUGAACCACUGAAUGAGGCGUCAGUGCCUAGUUCGCCACCACUACCAGAUAAUAACAAGUCAUCUGCAACGAAAAGGACUUCCUACGAUCAUGCGAAAACGAAAAAGCCGGAAACAGAAAGGAUAAGUAAAUUGAGGAAUCGCAGUAACUCUCCAACUGGCGGCGCUAUAACUUCACCAAACAACAGCAGUCGGAGAUCUCGGUCUAUAGCUGUCGACAAGGUCAUUAAACAUGCCAAGGAGAAAGUUCAGAAGAAACGAAUACGGAACAACCAUAACAACAGCCUCAACAGCGAAACAAUGCUCAUGUCAUCAUCCAACCACACAAAUCAUACCAAUCAUACCAAUCAUACAAAUGGAAGUACUAUGUCUGCGAGUGCCAUUCUAGACAAAAGGAGACCACUCCAACAGGAUGCGGAAGGGGGGAAGCUGGGACUUCGGCCGGCUGCCAUGACCAGUGGCGCAAACCAGAGUGCGAUUGACAGUAUACUAGGAAUUGCUACAGAGCAACAACAACAGCAACAACAACAACAAAAGAAUAUUCGAAACAAGCGGGAGAACAGAGCGAGACGCAGCCAUCGAAGGGCUGAAACACUACCUACCAUUCCAUCUCAUGGCGGCGAACAGUACAAUGAUAUGGAUUCCGACGACGACAUUGAAGAAGAUUCUCUGAAUGAUAGGAAACCACCACGCCCAAGGCAACCAAGAAGGUUUAGAACCAGCAAAAAAAAAAGCACAAUAGACCGUAACACGCAGUCACUGUCGCCCAAUGGUGGACAUGCGAAAAUACGAGAAAAAAGAGUUCCAAGGGCCGAAUCAGUCUCCUCCUUAUCAGGGUCGGAAGGUGAAAGUGGGCAACGUUCCCGAGCGCUGCGGCGCCAGCAAAUAAAGGCCCAAGAAUCACCUACAUACAAUGAGUCGCCACAUGCGAUUCGGUCAUCAUUGAGGAGGAAAUAUGAUUCCCAAAAGCCACUUGAGAAACAGAAUGCCGACGGGAAUGAUGAUACUGACAUUCCGCCGGCUCCAUAUCCGCUUCCGCAAUUUCAAUCACCAACGGCCACGCGAGGGACUGUUUCGCCGCUAUCCUCUCCGAGUAAUCAUGAUAUUUCCGAAAGCAUGAGUCCUCUGACAAUGUCCUCCAAACUAUCUUUGAAGGGUCCCAUUCGAAUGCAUAUUCCAUGGGCCAAAGGAUCUGACAUGGGUGGAGCUAAAAAGGAGCCGCGAAGGGUUGCUGGCGAUAAAAUCGGUGCUGAUGAUGAAGCAGAAGACUCGUUUGAGAUGGAUGUUGUUGGUGAACCAAGCAUGGAGUUUAGUCGAAUAUUAGAGGCCGACAAGAAUCCUGUUCGACCUGAUAGACUGUCGUCGAUUCGGAGUCUGAGCUAUAAGGAGCGUCACAAGCGCACUUCGUAUCCUCAUGAGCUCGAUAUGUACAAAGGUCAUCGAUCCCCAAACCAAGCAGACUAUAUGCCACACCAACCUACCCGACCCAGAGGAUCAUCAGCAGCGAAUAUUAGUGCGGGACGAGUAUCCAUGUUUGAAAAUUCGUCGUUGGGUAGCUUUAGCUUGGCUGGAUCUUCCAGCGGAAGGGCAUCCAUGUUUGAAAAUUCCGAUCCUCAUAUUCGCGAAGGCGGAGAUGCGAGUCCAACUGUGGAUAGGGUACCAAUGUGUCCCACUCGCCUUUCAUCGAUGCAUUCCAUGAAAUUUAACCAAUCGUCGGGAUCGUUCAGCAUAGGCACUUUUGAUACCAUAAAGGACGGGGUUCUGAGACCGGCGGAUGGCACUGACGUUCCAAAGGGACCACCGGUAGAUGCUACUCCCAAAAUAAGAAACAAGCCAAAUGUAAAAGAAACCAAGAAAAAGUUAGCAGCACCAUUGGACAGUGACGAUGACAUUGAAUCACUGGAAGAAUCUGAACGGGGAUCAUCGGACGAAGAAGAAUCGAUCCAGUCCUUGUCUCCACCACCAAAAGAAAAACCGAAAUCAAUCCGGUCUUUGUCGCCGCCACCAAAGGAAAAACGGAAGAAAAUAAAAUCCCCAUUGCAAACGCCAAAAACGGUUGGAGCUACGGCCAAGAAGAGGACUAUUUUCCUAUCGCCAUUGUCAAAGCUAAGCAUGCCGAAGUCACCAGCUUCACUAAGAGGUAGACGGACUUUUGGUAGAAAGAAAAAUGACGAUGGAAAGGAUAGUACCCAUUCACGUACUGGAAAUGUUGAGAAGUUAAAAUCAUGGCUGCCUAUUGCACUCGGAAGCAAGAGUAGUUCCAAACAUGAGAAAAAAGAAACAGAGGAAGGCAGCAAACGUUCCAAACGAUCUUCACAUACGACUAGAAAGCACGGUUCCAAGGAUGAGAAAACAGAGAGAGAGGAGGGCAGCAAACGUUCCAAACGAUCCUCUCGAACGACAAGAAAGAAAAACGGUUCCAAACAUGACAAAACAGAGACAGAGGAGGACAGCAAACGUUCCAAACGAUCCUCUCGAACGACAAGAAAGAAUGGUACCAAACACGAGAAAACAGAAACAGAGGAGGGCAGCAAACGUUCCCGACGAUCCACUCGGACAACUAGACGCUCAGUACAGUUGGACGAAGUCACCAAGGAGCAAUCGCCAAAAGAACAGUCCCCGGGCUCACUGGGUAGUCUCAAGAAAGCAUUUCAAAAUCGGACAGGUAAAUCCAAGUCGCCACACGGGGUCAGGGCUGCAUCUAAGAAGAAUGCUUCCCCAACAUAA